AUUACUUACGUCGAUGUAGCUUGCGUGACUCAUAGCAGAGUGGUUGCAAGCUGUUAAAAAAACAUAUUUAGCUCAUUAGUUAGCUGGGUCAAGCGCUGCAUAUUGCUGGAUGGGGUAGUUAAACGUCGCAUGACAGCUGAUGGUUUGACAGAUGCGGAUUGACCUUGUGCGCCGGUUUCACCACCCAUUUCUAAAUUUAUGCUACUCCCUGACAAAAUUCCCCUGUGUUACUAAUUAGUCAUUUUGUAGUUCAAUUAUUUUGUCACGUGCUUACAUUGACUUUGUCAAAAAACUCAUGCAAAUUUGGUCGGAAUUCCGUUAAAUAUUUUGCUAACAAAAACAAGCCGGCUCCACUGGAAUGUUCUGAGUUGCCAUUUCCCGUCGGCCAUGUUAGAAAAUGCGAGAUGGAAAGCUAACGAGCUAGCUAGUUAAUCCUAGCAACGAGAGUGAGAUUUGUGCAUAAAACAAGUUUCAAUUUUAUUUUGUUUACUACCACCUGGGUGCAGACAGGUCUGCAAAAGCAAGAUGGCUAACUAACUUACUUUCGAGACUUUUCGGGGAUUAAAUAGCUAGUUAGUGCCAGACAUUUUACACUUGCAAGCAGCUUCGGCUGGGUCGGGCCUGUUGCGUUUAGUUAACCAUGAUGAAGCCACGCAAACAUGUUAGCCUGGGCAAUGGAAAAAUAAACACCGGUGAGGUGGAGGGGGAGAAGAUUCUGUCUGCAAAGGAUUUUGUUGGUAUCCCUCUUCCCACCAACAGCAAUGGUAACAGACAUUUGAUAAAUGCUAAUGUAAAACAGAAGUCAACACGCAAUGUUUUUACCACUCUUUCAAAAGUGGGCAGCAAAGAGGGUCUUGUUCACAAGAAGAAUAUGGACCGCAUAAAUGACAAGGCCCUGGAUUUCACUAAUCACUAUGAGGGAAAGUUUUUGGACAAAAAGGAAUCUGCUUUGUUUCUGAAUGGGGUGGUAAACUCUGCUCAUAUUACAAAUGGUUACUCCAGCAAGUCAUCCCCUGAUAAUGAUGGCAGUGGCUCAGAAGGUGGAUAUACUACUCCUAAGAAACGCAAGACCAGACGCAACAGCAUCAAGAACACAGAGCAUGUGACAAGAGAAAGGGAGAGAGUCAUGCAGCAGGGCAAUGCCACACAGGAGCCAGAGGUUUCUGGACUUGAACCAACAGAGAAAUUGCUGAGCUCGCGAGUUGUCCAUAAAGCAGACGCCCAGACAGCAGUCAAGCGGAUGGAUGCUCCAGAGGUGGCUAUGGGUGAACUGCAGAAGAAAAACUCAGACAGUAAGACUGCUGCAGGUGCCUUUGGUAAAAAGUUUGAGAAUAGGCCCAAAGCCAAGCUCUCCUCCUCUUCAAAAGAGGACUCUUGGACUUUAUUCAAGCCCCCUCCAGUAUUUCCUGUGGACAACAGUAGUGCUAAAAUAGUGCCCAAGAUUAGUUAUGCAAGUAAAGUUAAGGAGAACCUCAACAAAGCAGCCCAGGCUGGAGGAGAGGUGCAGCCUCCUCAGGUGCCUGGUAGACUGUCACAGGUCCCCAUGUCUGCUAUGAAAACCAUCAUCUCAGCUAGCUUUACUAAUGGCCCUGUUUCUGGAGAUGGAAAUAGUUGCCCGUCUGUUGGUACCUUCUUCACUCCUGCUGCUAGUAGCAUUCCGCCAGCCCCCUCUCUCCCAUGUGGGGAGAACGUAGCAUCCACUUUGGACAAUGACUAUAACUCUUUAACCAACCCUGCAGUUGUAGAUCUGAGAAAGUGUACUCUUUUCAUUUACCCCCUAAACCCUUUAAAUAUGCAACCUGUGCUCCCUAGUGCUCGCCAAGUGGACACCCAGGCUGCUCAGACAAAUCAGAAAGCCUUGGGGGACAUUUUCCAGAAUCAGUGGGGGCUGUCUUUCAUCAAUGAGCCAAACGUGGGGCCAGAAGGAGGAAGCGGGCCGGUGGCUGCCGUGGAGGGCAAGGUUGCGGUGGUAACAUUUCAAGGGGAGCAAUGCCCUGCUGACAAGCCAGGCCUUGACUCUAAUCUAUCAAUCCCAGAGCCUUUGCCUCUCACUUUGGCUCAAGACUCAGAGAAAAGGACUAGUGCCCCAGCUUGCCCACCUGCUACAGUGAAGGGUGAGGAUGGGGAAAAGGCUCAGCUGUCUAGACAGGACAAGACAAAGGGCGAGGCUAAGAGUCCAGGUGCAGUUUUGUUGGCCUCUUGUAAAGACAUUAGUGCUGAGCCUGACCAGGCCCCCCUGACCAACCUGGUGUUGGGUCUGUCUAAAGAGCCGCCCCAUUCUAAGAGUCUGGACAGAGGUAGCUGGGGGUCGUUUGAUCUGAAAGCUGCUGUUACUUAUCACACUAAAGAAAUGGAAUAUGUUUUCAAUUUGCAAAAACAAGAUCCAAAAAGAGUAGUCUGUUAUGACAAGACCAAGGAUGGACCUGAUCAGUGAGGUAGUGAAUGUCAACAAUUACCUGUACCUUCUCCCUACCUGGGUGCUGCAGAUGUCUUUGGCGGUUAUGAUCCCUUUGGAAAACAAAAUCGAGUCAACUGUGAUAUUGGGACAGAAAGAUGUGUGUCCUGUGACAUACUUUUAUUGGAAUACAGAAUGGGGUAAUGGGAUUUGUUUUUGGGGGGUGCAUCGGAGAAGAGGAAGUUGACAAGGGGAGGUGUAAUAUGAGUAAAUAUUAAUCCAAUUAUUGGCAUUAAGUUGAGCGCAGGAGCUUCGGCUGAUGCUCUGGAUUACACACAGACUCAAACACUUGAAAGAAAUUUUGGGUGCCUCUCCCAUGUGAAUGGACACUUGUGACACUUUCUGCUGUAAUAGGUGUUGGUCUCGUAGAUCCUUCCUCUGGGUGUUGGGGACAUAAGACUGAGGAAGGCGCAAACUGCACCUCCCAAGCCUUUAUCCUCUUGCCCAUUGAACUGUGGUGACUGUCUGACAGUAGGAUGCCUCAAUUGUUUUAGUUCCUCAUGCAUUCAAAUUAGUCCAAUAUAUGUAGAUUUGUGUAUGUGUUAUGAUUUAUGCAUACACAUCAGUAUAUGUGCACAUUUGAAUACAUUUUAAAAGAAAAUGAACUAUAAAUUCUAAGAAUGCCUUGAAAUUUACAAAAUGUGAAGAUUAUGAGAAGGCUGGUAGUAUUGAUAGUCCUGUUAGGCUGCAGGUUAAAUGAGAAAUGUAUAUGUUGAGGGAACGCAUUUGUCUUAAUUACUUUAGUGAAAUAACUAUGCCCAGCAAAGACCUGACUGCUUGGUAUCAGUUUUGACAACUAUUUUACUUUGUUUUGUAUGGUUUAGCGAUUUCAGGUGUGAUCUACAGUAGCAACAAACUCCCAGAGAACAGAUAGAGACGUGUCAAAUCAGAAUGAAACUAAAGCCAUGUCAUAAUCUCGUGGUUCGGUUGUCAGUUUUAGGUAGCCGUGCUAAUCAGUAAAAAUGUUUUGGCAUUAAUUGUC